AUGACCAUACGGACCCGGGCCGCCACCCUCGCAGCAGCUCAGGGAGUGGUCUUGCACCGGGACUAUGGCAACGGGGCUGAGACCCGUGCCGACAAACUGGCUCGGUACCGCGCAAAGCGGGCUAGGCGCAGCUUUGCCAAGACCAUCAGGUACGAAACGCGACGCGUGUACGCCGAGGUCAGACCCAGGAUCAAGGGGCGAUUUGUGACCCCCGAGGAGCUGGCCUGCCAUGAGGCCGGGGGGGCGCCUAUGCAGGACCCUCCCGCUGAGGGUCUGGAGGUGGCGGAGCCUGAGGAGCUGCUGCACAUGGUACCUACAUGCUUCCAUGGGCUGGAGUAUGCCUAG